GAGCAGGAGUCCCCUGUACAGCAGUUACCUGCCUCUGAAGAGAUCGUAGCUCACCCAUCGAUACAGCACAAGGUAGAUAUUCCCUUUAAAAGUUGGUGUGAAGCUCAGCACUCACACUGGCCCAAUGUCACAGUCAAGCCUGUGGAUGUGGAGCUUACAAGAACUCCAGAACCAGGUAAGGAACUUACAUCAAGCCAGGAACAGGCCACAGCUCAGCCUCCAGAGCACCCCGAGGAGGUGAACUCUUCCUCAACCCAAUUAGAGGCCCCAGCUCAGACACCAGAGCGCCCUGAGGAGAGGAAACCUUCUGCAUCCCAGCAAGAGACCUCAGCUGAGCCUCCGGGGCCUCCCGUGGAGGCUGAACGUUCCCCCAGUGAGCAGAAGCAGCCAGCUCAGCCUUCCGAGUUUCCUGCGUGGCCUGAACCUUCUCUGACCCAGCAGGAGGCCCCAGCUCAGCCUUCAGAGUCCUCCAAGGAAAGUCUAGCUCAAGCUCCACCGAAUCAUGAGCUGACAGUUCAGCCUCCAGAUGGGGAUCAAGCUCAUUAUAAUUUGCCCAACAUUACAAUGAAACCUACAGAUGUGGAGAUUACCAUAACUUCAGAGCCUACCAAGGAGACAGAAUCUUCCCAAGCCCAGCAGGAGGCCCCGACUCAGUCUCUAGAGGAGGUGGAACCUUCUGCAACCCAACAGGAGGCCCCAACAGUACCUCCACGUCUACCUAUGGAGACUCAACUUUCCCCCAGUGAGCACGAGCAGCCAGCUCUGCCUUCUGAAUUUUCUGGGAAGCUUGAAUCUUCUCAGACCCAGGAGGAGAUCCUAGCUCAGCCUCAGGAAGAGAUGGAACCUUCUGCGAUCCAAGAGGAGAUCCCAACUGAGCCUCCAGGUCCUCCUAUGGAGACUGAACUUUCCCCUAGUGAGCAGCUAGCUCAGCCUUCUGAGUCUUCUGGGGAGCUUGAACCUUCUCAGACCCAGGAGGAGACCCCAGCUCAGCCUCCCAAAGAGAUAGAACAUUCUCCAAUCCAAGAGGAGACCCCAACGGAGCCUCCAGGUCCUCCUAUGGAGCCUGAAUUUUCCCCCAGUGAGCAGCUAGCUCAGCCUCCUGAGUCUUCUGGGGAGCUUGAAUCUUCUCCAGCCCAGCAGGAGACCCCAGCUCAGCCUCCAGAACAUCACGAAAUAACAGUUUUACCUGCAGGUCACCAUCAAGCUCAGCAUUCAGAUUUGCCCAAUGUCACUGUUAAGCCUCCAGACAUGCAGCUCACCAUAGCGACAAAGUCUACUGUAGAGAUGGGAACUUCUCCAAUCCACCAGGAGGCUACAGCUCAGCUCUCAGGACCAGUUACGGAUGUAAAACCUUCUGCCACCCAGCACGGGGGCCCACCUCUGCCUCCAGAAUCAUUGGAAGAGGUUGGACCUUUACCAAUUCAACAGGAGACUUCAGUUCAGUCUCCAGAACCUAUUAAGGAUGAGAACCCCUCUCCAACCCAGCAGGAGGCUGCAGCUGAGCAUCCACAGACCCCUGAGGAGGUUGAGUCUCCUCUAAACCAGCAGGAGGUCCCAGCUCAGCCUUCACAGUCCCUUGAGGCGAUCGCAGCUCACCCAUCGAUACAGCACAAGGUAGAUAUUCCCUUUAAAAGUUGGUGUGAAGCUCAGCACUCACACUGGCCCAAUGUCACAGUCAAGCCUGUGGAUGUGGAGCUUACAGGAACUCCAGAGCCAGGUAAGGAACUUACAUCAAGCCAGGAACAGGCCACAGCUCAGCCUCCAGAGCACCCCGAGGAGGUGAAUUCUUCCUCAACCCAGUUAGAGGCCCCAGCUCAGACACCAGAGUGCCCUGAGGAGAGGAAACCUUCUGCAUCCCAGCAAGAGACCUCAGCUGAGCCUCCGGGGCCUCCCGUGGAGGCAGAACAUUCCUCCAGUGAGCAGGAGCAGCCAGCUCAGCCUUCUCAAUCUUCUGGGGAGCUUGAACCUUCUCAGACCCAGGAGGAGACCCCAGAUCAGCCUCCAAAAGAGAUGGAACCUUCUGCAAUCCAAGAGGAGACCCUAAUGGAGACUCCAGGUCCUCCUAUGGAGCCUGAACCUUCCCCCAGUGAGCAGGAGCAGCUACCUCAGGCUUCUGAGUGUCCUGCGGAGGCUGAACCUUCUCUUACCCAGCAGGAGGCCCCAGCUCAGCCUCCAGAGUCCUCUAUGGAAAGUCUAGCUCAAGCUCCACCGAAUCAUGAGCUGACAGUUCAACCUCCAGAUGAGGAUCAAGCUCAUUAUAACUUGCCAUAGUAUUAUAAUUAAACAUGCAGAUGUGGAGAUUACCAUAACUUCAGAGCCCACCAAGGAGA